GAAGAAAUGAGCGAUGAAGCUAGAAAAGAAGUGCUUAUAAAGACAGGAGAACAGCACCCAAGUCUUCUGUUAGAGAUCAUUGAGCAAGAAGCACCACAUUUACAAGGAGGGUUUCACCCACUGCCUGGUGGAGAAAGUCCAAGUUGGUGCUCCUGCCUCAAAUGCCGUGAUAUGCCAACACAGAUAGAGAGAGUUUGUUGUGGUAGACCUCCUAACCAAUGUCAGUCACAGCUGCCGGACUUCCGCCUGUUAAUUCUGGAUGAGCUGGUAUUAACGAUCGUCCAGAUGUACAGGCAAGAUGUUCUGGCCCUGCCUCAAGAUGAGGAUUAUAACAAAGGAAAGAGGUAUGCUGCCUAUAGGCAGUUUAUCUUAUGGCACCAUGGCCGCCUUGGAGUUGGUGUUCGACGUGUAAUACCCAGUUGUGUUUGGUCUAUCCGAGACAAGUAUCCAGACCAGUAUGGACAAUAUGUUAGUUUAAUCCCUUCUCGUUUAGGAUAA